AUGCUUACUGCCAAGCUCCAACAUGUAAAUCUUGUCCGAGUUUUGGGUUUUUGCAUUGACGAGGAAGAACAAAUACUCAUCUAUGAAUACAUGCAAAACAAAAGCUUAGACUCUUACCUUUAUGACCCUAUUAGACGCUUUAUUUUGGAUUGGAAAAAGCGUGUGCAUAUUAUUGAAGGAGUUACUCAAGGGCUUUUAUAUCUCCAAGAAUAUUCAAGAUUUACUAUUAUUCAUCGAGAUUUAAAAGACAGUAAUGUCUUAUUAGAUCAGGAAAUGAAACCCAAAAUAUCAGAUUUUGGGAUGGCCAGAAUAUUUGCAAAAGAUGAUCUUGAAGCAAAUACAAGUUGCAUUGUUGGAACACCUGGUUAUGUCCCUCCUGAAUACAUCCAAAAGGGUAUAUACUCGACUAAAUCCGAUGUUUAUAGCUUUGGGGUUUUACUUUUACAAGUCAUCAGUGACAAACGGAUCUCCUUGUUAUAUGGUCCAAAUGAGGGACUGAGUCUUCUUGACUACGCAUAUGAGCUAUGGAAAGAUGGUAAAGGCAUGAAGUUAAUGGACGAAUCACUAGACGAUACAUAUUCGUCUUUUAAACUAAUGAGAUGCUUGCAAAUAGCACUUUUAUGUGUUCAGGAAAAUCCAGUGGAUCGACCAUCCAUGUUGGAAGUCUACACGAUGCUCAAAAAUGAAAACAAGAAUAUGACGAUUCCAAAGAAGCCUGCUUUCUCGAAUCAAAACAAACCAAAAAAAUCUACAAGACAGUUGGAAGGUUAUUCAGGGAGUACUUCAUCCAUUAAUGAUGUAACAAUUACAGAUCUUGCAGCCAGAUGA